AUGAAUAUAAGUUAUGAGCAGGCUUCUCUCCGCGUCAGUUCCUUCAUUCCUACUACUUCCGACGACGGUGGUCGUGAUGAUGAUGCUGAAGAUUUUGGUGGUACUGAUGAUGCUGUGAACGCUAGAGUAGCGGCUGAUGGUACAGGUUCUGGUGGUGAUGAAAGAGGAGCAACGCCAGGUGCACGUACCGAGAGAGCUGCAGUGGAUGCACGUACCGAGAGAGCUGCAGUGGAUGCACGUACCGAGAGAGUUGCAGUGGAUGCACGUGCCGAGAGAGCUGCAGUGGAUGCAUGUACCGAGAGAGCUGCAGUGGAUGCACGUACCGAGAGAGCUGCAGUGGAUGCACGUACCGAGAGAGCUGCAGUGGAUGCAUGUACCAAGAGAGCUGCAGUGGAUGCACGUACCGAGAGAGCUGCAGUGGAUGCACGUACCGAGAGAGCUGCAGUGGAUGUACGUACCGAGAGAGCUGCAGUGGAUGCACGUACCGAGAGAGCUGCAGUGGAUGCACGUACCGAGAGAGCUGCAGUGGAUGCACGUACCGAGAGAGCUGCAGUGGAUGCACGUACCGAGAGAGCGGCAGUGGAUGCACGUACCGAGAGAGCUGCAGUGGAUGCACGUACCGAGAGAGCUGCAGUGGAUGCACGUACCGAGAGAACAACACCAUAA